GCAGUUGGCUGCCUGUCUGUUGUCUGUCUUUCGUCCGCUGUGGUGGUGUAAACAUCACAUUUCGCGUCACUUGUAGUCUCGUUGGAUUCGUGGAAAUUCAAGAUUUCUUGACGAUUGCGUAACAAGCGAUCAUAUCGUGUGCCAUUGCUGCAGCGAGGAGUUGUUGGAGUUGGCAUUUCCCAAGAGAGAACCGUCACGUGUCCUUGUGGUUAUUGCGGAUAACAAUUAAGCAAGAAAAAACGAGGACUGAUUCAAGUCGAGUCCACUGCCUACCAGGAUGAAUCAGCAAAGUCACACCGGAGAGAAACCAUAUGAGUGCACUGUUUGUCAGAGGACGUUCUCAAAAUCUAGCAGUCUACGGACACAUCUGCGAACCCAUACCGGAGAGAAAGCAUAUGAGUGCAAUGUUUGUCAGAGGGCGUUCUCCCAGGCUUCCAAUCUGCGGACACAUUUGCGAACCCAUACCGGAGAGAAACCAUAUGAGUGCUCCGUAUGCGACAAGAAAUUUGCUGACGCUUGCAAACUGCGGAAACAUCUGCAAAUCCAUACCGGAGUGAAACCAUUUGAGUGCACUGUAUGCAACAAGAAAUUUUCUAACUCUAGCCAUCUGCGGGCACAUCUGCGAACCCAUACCGGAGAAAAACCAUAUGAGUGCACUGUAUGCGACAAGAAAUUUUCUGACUCUGGCCAUCUACGGACACAUCUGCGAACCCAUACCGGAGAGAAACCAUAUGAGUGCAAUGUUUGUCAGAGGACGUUCUCCCAGGCUUCCAAUCUGCAGAAACAUGUGCGAACCCAUACCGGAGAGAAACCAUACGAGUGCACUGUGUGCCAGAAGUCGUUCUCCUGCGCUUACAUUCUACAGGCACAUCGGCUAACCCACACCGGAGAGAAACCAUAUGAAUGCACUGUGUGCCAGAAGUCGUUCUCCAAUGCUUCCAAUCUGCGGACACAUCUGCGAACCCAUACCGGAGAGAAACUAUAUGAGUGCUCUGUAUGCGACAAGAAAUUUUCUGACUCUGGCCCUCUGCGGGCACAUCUGCGAACCCAUACCGGAGAAAAACUAUUUGGGUGCACUGUGUGCGACAAGAAAUUUUCCAAACCUGACCAUCUGCGGACGCAUCUCCGAACCCAUACCGGAGUGAAACCAUUUAAGUGCACUGUAUGCGACAAGAAAUUUUCUGACUCUGGCCCUCUGCGGGCACAUGAGCGAACCCAUACCGGAGAAAAACCAUAUGAGUGCAAUGUCUGUCAGAGGUCGUUCUCCCAAUCUGGCGGUCUACGGACACAUCUGCGAACCCAUACCGGAGAGAAACCAUUUGAGUGCAAUGUUUGUCAGAGGACGUUCUCCCAGUCGACCACUCUAAGGAUGCAUCUGCGAACCCAUACCGGAGAGAAACCAUAUGAGUGCACUGUGUGCCAGAAGUUGUUCUCCCUCGCUUCCAAUCUGCGGAAACAUGCGCGAACCCAUACCGGCGAGAAACCAUACAAGUGCACUGUGUGCCAGAAGUUGUUCUCUCGCGCUUACUGUCUACAGGCACAUCAGCUAACCCACACCGGAGAGAAACCAUAUGAAUGCACUGUGUGCCAGAAGUCGUUCUCCCAGGCUUCCAAUCUGCGGACACAUUUGCGAACCCAUACCGGAGAGAAACCAUAUGAGUGCUCUGAAUGCGACAAGAAAUUUUCUGACGCCUGCAAACUGCGGAAACAUCUGCAAAUCCAUACCGGAGUGAAACCAUUUGAGUGCACUGUAUGCAACAAGAAAUUUUCUGACUCUGGCCAUCUACGGACACAUCUGCGAACCCAUACCGGAGAGAAACCAUAUGAGUGCACUGUAUGCGACAAGAAAUUUUCUGACUCUGGCCCUCUGCGGGCACAUGAGCGAACCCACACCGGAGAGAAACUAUUUGGGUGCACUGUGUGCCACAAGAAAUUUUCUAAAUCUGACCAUCUGCGGACGCAUCUCCGAACCCAUACCGGAUAGAGACCACAUCAGUGCACUGUGUGCCAGAAGAAGUUCUCCCAGUCUGCCCAUGUGGGGUCACACCUUCGAACCCAUACCCCGUAGCGGAAUCAUUUUAGUGCAUGAAAAUGCCACAAGAAAUGUUCCUUAUCUGGUAGAUUUGCGACGCAUCUGCCAACGUUCGCAAUCCCGUACCGGAAAGGAAUUAUUUUACUUCUUUUGUGUGCCACUAGGUGUGUUGGGACGCAUCUGAGGAAGUACACCUUGUGGCUUGCGUUAUGUCUUGUAAAAAUCAUAUGAAAAAUCUAUUCUUCAAAUGCAAGUGUCGUACAAUAUCAUAGUUUAAACUGGAGUUUCGAGGAUACUUCAGUUUAAUGUGUGAUACCAUUUGAUUCUUGGAAUGCACUCAUAAGUGUGGGACACUUUGUGACCGAUAGUUCUUUGUUGUAGGACCGUGGUUGUAGGACACCAUAUGUCGGGCACGGCGGCGUGUCACACACAGAACUGUAGUUCCCACAGUAUUCUACGCUUACACGUACAGUAGCUAGACAAAUGGUAUCACAAAUAACAUUGCAGUAGCAUUAGAGUCUAUUACUAUCAUACUGUAGUAGCUUUACCAUCACGUUAAGACAUAAUUAAAAUUACUGAAAGCAUGGUAAAUUGUGUUAAACACAUUUUAUUCUCCUGAAUUGGUUUU